AUGCCAGGCGAGUCGAAAAUCCAGGACUUCUUCGUCUUCUUCCAGGAGUCGAAAAGAGUCGAAAAUCCAGGACUUCUUCGUCUUCUUCCAGGAGUCGAAAAGCCAGGACUUCUUCGUCUUCUUCGAGGAGUCGCUCCCCGAGGGCCAAGCAGAAAGC